AUGGCUGUCAAGUAUUUUGCCAACCACAAUGAAAAGUGUACGUACUGACUUUUCCUGUUGCUGGUACUCAAAGAUAUCCUGUCUGGGCCUCAAAUAUCUGGCCUAUUAGGAUUCUCUUGGUGUUCCGACCAGCUAAUCACAUUAAUGUUGGCAAGUUGCCUGCUAAUGUCAAAGGUAUUCAGACUCGGAGUUGCAAUCAGGUUCAACUUUGUGUUAUUUUAUUUGUUAUGCGGCAUCAUUAUGGGCUUAGCUCCACUCCUGACUGUCAAUGAAAGCACUGGAAGGCUUGUGAUGAAGCUGGUUGGCUUGUUUCUAAUGAUAGUAUUACCAUUCACUGCAAAGUUUUGCACUGCUGAAACUCCAGGGCCUUACUGAGUUGGUGUGAAAGAUCUUAUCAUUAAAGGAAAGACUACCCCAUCUGUGAUGAUAUUCUACCCAAUGGAUAAGAAGGAGUACGAUCAGAAGAUAACAUCAGAUAGCAAUAAAUAUCCUGUCAUCAUUGAUGGAGAUAAAAGCAACCCCUCAAGAGUUGCUGGGCUCGGGCUAACUCAUGAUAUAUCCAGUGCCUCAAAGAUUGCCCUUUCUUUUGUUCCUUCUAAUUUUUGGGUUGCAGAGAGAUUGAUGGAUGAUGAGCAAGUAUUCAAUAUUGAAGCAGUUGUUGGUGGCAACUUACAUAAAGACUUUACCAGUAGAACCAAAAAGUUAACACCAGUAAUUUAUGGAGGAGGUUUGGCUGCAUCAAGAAUACAACCAACAAUUCUCUUUAGAUAUCUCGCAAGCUAUGGAUGAAUAGUUUACACCAUCAGUCACACUGAUGGAUCUAGUUGCUGCUACAAAGAUUUGCAUAAAGACCCUAAUAAAUUCGUACAGUACAACCACUUCUCAAUGCAAACUCACACUGACUCUUUCGGAAAGAAAUACACUCACGAAGAAUUCAGAAGAAUCAGUGUUGCAAACAGAGUCAAAGACAUCGAGACUGUCAUUGAAUACAUCAAAACUGAGUCCAUGCAAGAAUUCCAGAGUAUUGACAUGUCUAAGCUGACUGUGAUUGGUCACUCUCUAGGAGGAAUGACAAUGAUCGACAGCAGCCAUAAACUUCCAGACACCAUCAAAGCUUGUGUGGCGUUUGAUCCUCACUUGCUAGCUAGAAGACAAGAAAUUCUAGAAGGGUCACAGUUUUAUCUGAAACAGCCAACUUUGGUCAUCAACUCAGAACUGUUCAAAGACAGUCCAUUCCUGGCAGACUUUGACUCGAAAGCUUGAAUGGAUAAAUUCAAAACAUUAUGUGACUCUUCAAAGGAUACUGACUCCAACAAUAAGAAGCAGAACUUCUGGGUGAACUUGGAAGAUUCAGGUCAUCUGUCAUUCUUGGAUGUUUCUCAGUUUAGUCCAGGCCCUUUAGCCAUGACAAAGACCAUCGGGUCUCCUGACAAUGCAAGCUAUGUUAUGAACAAGAACCACAGCAUCGUGCUUGACUUCAUGAGCAGGAACAACUUAUUGCCAGUAGAAUUCGACAAUCCUUUCAAAAUAGAGCUUCCGACUUCAAGCUCUCAGGAAUAAUAUUCCAGAUGGCUAGUGGCUUGCAUAAUAUCCAGAUUCAACAAAAGGUUC